GCGGCAAAAACAAAAAAUGACACAAGCGCGGCACUUCCUGAAAGUUUUCCUUUAGAUUUAGAUUCGUUAUACAACAUCCUGAAGAAAACACUUUACAUCCAGAAAAAGAACAAGGUGUUUCGUUUAACAACCGUUGUUGAUUCAUAUAGUGAAGCAUUUGCAGGAAUCUUUCAAUACACGAAGUCAUGGAUUCUGCAGAAACGAGAUAUGGUCACCUGCUACAACCCCUGCGAGAUCUGACUAAAAACUGGGACAUCGACCUGGCCAGCCAGCUCGGAGAGUAUCUAGAUGAACUGGAUCAGAUGACUAUUUCAUUUGAUGGCGGAAAAACCAUGAUGAAUUUUGCAGAAGCUGCACUUUUAAUUCAAGGAUCAACAUGCAUCUACGGUAGAAAGGUGGAGCUCCUUCACACUCUGGUGUUUCAAACAUUGGACUACAUCUCUAACAAAAACAAAAAACGUGAUAAACAAGGUUCUUCGGCAGAUGGUAACCAAGACAAAGCCUCUGCAGGCAACGAAGAAGAUGAUUGUGAGUUUGAUGAGAUUGAGCAAAAUGAGAAUGGGAAAUCCAAUUUAACAAUGAAAGAUCCUACGGAUCCUGUAAAGAUUAUCCGUCUUCCUCCUGAAUCUCUCAUUCCUGCAGAAUCACUGGAGAAGCAGAAAUACCCUCUUUUCAGUCUCAAAGGAGAGAUUCUAGGCAGCUGUAAGGAUUAUCGGAUUAAUAAUUUCUCUACGGAUGAAAUUGGAUUAAUGCGUCUGGGAUCUUCAAACACUUAUUUCCUCAAGGACGUCUCUGAAAACCAGUACAACAUGUCUGAACAUGCACCACAUGUGCACUUAGAGACAGAAGGUGUAGCUGAGGUUGAUGGUGGUCAUGAUGAUGAUGAUGCUGAUGCAGAGGUUCUUCCUCCAAUAGAAGACCACGGCAUGGAGGUGGAGUCUGAGGAGUGGGUUGAAAGGCAUCAGGAGGCCCCCAGUGAGGGAAGGACGUUGAGGCCGAGACCUCAAAUACAACCAAUGUCAGAAGAGCCCAAAAAGCUCAAGGAAAUUGUGGACCCUUGGAAAUGGCAUGACUCGUAUGCUGCAUUUGGGGAGGACAAGCCUCUUAAAACAGGAAAAUGUUGCAAAGUGCCAGCAGGACUUGAGGAAUCGGGAAAGAGGAAGCGCAAGGUUCCUUCUAAACUGCAGGACUUUGGGAGCUGGUAUUCAAAAACCUUUGAAACUGCAGACCGAAAACUUAAGAAUGGACCUACUUAUCCUGAUCUUAAUUAUAUCUUUGUGAGUAAAAUGGCUCAGCGUCUGAAAGUACAGAAGCAGAUUCUCCGGAAAAGGGGUGUUUUCGUAUCUGAUGAGGAGCUGAAGAAAACUUUCUUGGAACCAGAGAAUCUUGAAGGCCAGAUUGAGGAGGUCCUACAUGCAGAUGCAGGGGGUGAGGACUUUUCAGAUAAUGAACAUGACAACUUGGUCGAUGAGCUCGAACCUGCAGAACACCUUGGUGAACCAGAGCACAUUUUUCAAGAUUUGCAUAUGAGCCGGAUGAGUUAUGAAGAUCUGGUGAAGAAGAGCGUGGAUCUGUUUCUGGUGAACUCUCAGAAGUACGCACAGGAGACAGCAUUGUCACGAAGGGUUAAGGAGUGGGAGGAUGGAAUCAAUCCUCAUCUUGCCACUCAGGAAACACGUUCAGUUUUUGACAUCCAUGAGUAUGGAGACAGAAUCGUUCAGGCGCUCUCUAAUGUAGGGGUAAAAAAAUCAUUUGCUUCCGUUGUUAAAGGAAAGGAGAACACAGAAGCCUGCAGAUACAUGCUGGCUGCACUACAGCUGGCCAAUGAUUACACGGUGGAGAUUGACAAGGGGGAGGGGCUUGAGGAAUGUGUAGAUACAAUGGAGCUCACGUUGCUCACUACACAGAGAGCUCACGAACGUCUCAAAACUUACAACGCACCCUCUGCAACAGAUAUUCCCUAACAGAAAAACAGACUUUCUAUACCUUAAGCUUUCACAAAACUUUUAGUAUAUUUAAUCAAUUGUCGGCUCAUUAAAAAAUGUAUUACAGCACUGCUCUUCAAUUUGUAUUUGAUCUUUACUCAGUGCUGAGAUGUGGAAAGAAUUUGGAGGUGUUUUACACCAACUGUGAUGCAAAUGAGGCUGGCUCUCCUCUUUAGGAGGUUAGAUAGGGGUUUAACUGCAUGCAAAAAUUAUGAUAUACAUCUAAAAUAGUUUUUUAAAUGAAUGAACUACCCAAACCCUAGGAAAUGCAAUGAAGAUUAAAUAACUGAAGCUUUUCUUUUCAUCUUUAAGCUGCAUUGCUAUUAUAUUGUUGUAUUUUUUUAUAGAAUCACGGAAAUAUCUUGCAAAAUAAAAAAAUAUUUAGCAGGUGA